AUGGCUCGGGUCUGCAAGGCACAGCCGGCACGUUGGAAUGCUAUCAACUCAUUCCUGGCCGAUGUACCCGAAAGCUUAACGGCGCGUCGGCGUCCCCUUCCAGACCCAACAAGCAGGAGCUUCGAUGGCCAAGACGAUGGUGAAAAGUUUACGAUGGGCGAUGGCAAUCUGGACUUGGAGGUGAUCAUGGUGGCUGUUGUUGGCUUUGAGGGUAAAUAG